ACAGUUGUUAAGCAGUGACAUAUUUGUUCGUGUAGAACAUCAAAUUUUGCGUCACACUGUGUAUUAUUAAGCAAAAAUUGUUAAAUAGUUUACAUUUCCUAGAUAAAAUUUACUACAUCAAUGGCAAAUGUUGAGGGCUUUCGUAAAUUGAUGAAAUCAUUGAUUGUGUACUCAAAAGUGGCCGGGGUUGAGAUUUGGACAGCACCAGGAAAGUUCGUGCCAGCUUCGUAUUACGUUUCGUUUCAUAUAACAGUAUAUUUUGUCAGUACUGUUUGGACACUAAGAAAGUACAUCGAUGAUCCAAUUCAUAUGAUGAAGGUCCUCAUAACGAUGGGAACUGCUGUACAGCUCUACAUCAAAUUCUUUGUGGGACAUUCUAAAGCCCAAGAAAUUAUGUUAGUUACCGCUGAACUGGAACAAGAAGUGCUUAAACGUUAUCAAAAUGGGUCUGAGCAGGAAAUUGCUGUGCUUAGACGUACAGGUCGCAUUCUUUGGAUAGUGCAUCGUUUGAUGAGCGCGUCAUAUAUUUUCGCUGCAGUCGCAUUCGGACUUUAUCCAGCAUUUUAUUACUUUGCAACGGGAGUAGUGGUGCCUUUGUUUCUGUACGAACUACCGUUCUUCGAUUUGAGCUCUUCUUUAGGGUACGCAGUAACGAUGUGUUUUCAAAUUAAUCUGUUGGCAAUUGGAGUUCUGGGAGCAAUACUGUCCGAUUUUGUUUUUUUCAUGUACGCAAUGUACGCUAUGGCUAGGGCAGACAUUUCGAUAGUGCAUCUUAGGGAGCUAGAAAACAUACUCAAUGAUCCCUCUAAGAAUGAAGAACACUCUGCAGAAUUACGUCACAAGUGGGUCCAGUGCAUGCACGAUCAUCAGCAGUCAACCAGCUUUUUCAGCACAAUUGAAAACAUUUUUGGACUCAUGUGUUUAGCACAGGUUGCAACUGCAACUUUGUCAAUAUGUGACGCAAUGCUUUUGGUGCUUUUGACGGAUUGGUAUCCAACAUAUUCCUACCUGUAUGUGAUGUUCGUUCAACUAUCAGGGUUCUUUGUGAUUGGACAUUUGGUAGAGCUUAAGAUUGACGCAAUGUAUAACAAGAUCAUCUCUAUGCCUUGGUAUAAGCUUCCGUUGCAGGAACAGAAAGAAUUUAGAUUUCUUAUGAGCAGACAGCAAUGUCCGAUGAUACUGACGGCGUAUGGCUUUCAUCCCAUGAACUUCGAGGCGUACAUGAGUGUGUUGAAGGUUCUGUACCAGUUUUUCGUGAUGAUCAUGCAGUAUAUUGACAGAAACUGAAACAUCAAUAUUUUAUAUAAUUGUUCCACUUACUAUGCACUAAAAUGUGUAAAGCACACAAAACAGUAUAACGAGCAGUUUUGUUCUAAAAGCAAUGUUAUUUAAAUAACUCAAACUUGAAAACGAGGUUUUAACUCAUCGUUUACAGCAUUUCUUUCUUGUUUUAAUAUAGAACAAUAGUCUAACUUCAUUUCAUGGUCGUGGUCGUUUUUCGAUUUUCGCGGCACUUUUUUCUUAGCUUUCUUUGAUAACGUUAGAAUCGGCGAUGUGGUGGUUCGAAUGUCAGUGGCAUGACAACAAAUAUAAAUGGUAAACAACAAUUUGCCAGUUUUCAUUGGUACCGUUUCUACAAGAUAAAGUUUAUACCAAGUAGUCGUUGGUUUAUACAACAAGUGUAGUUUUGCAUUAUGCGCACAUGGUAUACAACUAAAUGUUAGUUUAAACACAUUUUAAAUGGCAUCUUAGCAACUCGUGGAACGCGUUGCGAGAGUGGUCAUAAAUAACAAUACCUAAGAAAUUGUCUAUACAAGUAGUCAAACAGCAUCAUUACACGCAAGAAUAAAGUCCGAGGCAGCGUGAGAGGAAAAUUCCUGAAACUGGCUCAACAGAAAAUCUACAUAUGUUAUUAAAUUAUGAAAGAAAAACUUAAAGCAAAAGCGUGUAUCUAAACCAAGAAUAGUGAAAUGUGCCGUAACUCGAGAUCUUCCAAAUUAGUAAUAUAAGUUAUCAGAUUAAUUAAGAAUUAAGGUUGAACCGGACCUUCUGCAAGUUAAAGAAAACGAUAGUUUUUCUACAGACCAUGUAUUUCAGUAUUGAUUAUGUUCUUUUGGGUUCGAUAGUACAUCGCAACACACGGAAGUAUAUAUCAUUACACAAUUUUUUAAUUUGAUAUCUUUCAAAAUAUUUUUUGCAAUGCUAAGCAUUUUAUUUGAUAUUUCAUGUAAUACUGCAAAUUACAUUUUUGUUUCAAUACAUAAUAUUUUGGAUGUUUUAAUACAUAAUUACUUCUAUUACUUAUUUCACUAAGAUGAUUCAUUAAAGUUUGAUACGAUUGAACGAAUAGUAUGAACAUUAUGAAAAGGAAUAAAAUUUUGUUUUACAAAUACAUGGAACAGUUUUGCACUUGGUGAUGAUGAAGAAUUGCGCAGUGCUUAGUUUUUGUUAAGUGGCGUUAAAUCGGUUUCUCCUACAGUUCUGAAUUAACUUCACAUAAGGUGCGUUUAAUCGUUGCUUGAAAAAUAAGCUGUAUAAAUAAAAAAUGCUAACUUUACGCAAGAGGUAAGACGUCACUAAGAGCUAGUGAACAUCAUACAAAAUAAAUAGAUAAGGUACAAAGAUAUUUAAUUAUUUUUAUAGAUGAACACAUGGUAUGAAAUCUAUGAAAAAAAAAAUGCUUUGUUGAAAAGUUUUGCAAUUUUAAAACAGUUCAAGAGCUUAGACGUGAAUUAUAUUUAACUCCUUUAAUAAACCCGAACAGUUUUUGUCUUAAACUAAGUAUCCCACGACAUACUUAUAUGAAAGUAUCUCCACAUAGUAUAUCCACGUGGUGGGAAAAGUCUUGAUCUAAUUUGACGUCUAAUUGUUGAGAUAUGUUGGACUGAUAUUGAAGUCAAUAUUUUGCAAGGCAAAACUGAUUACAAACACUACCCAUUUUUAUUAAUGACUUAUCUUCCAAUUUGAUAGCCUAUCUAUACCUCAAGCUAUGUCUCUUAUAGCUUGAACAUUGAAGUCCACAAGGACAUUUUAUUUAUGUCGUUAUUUUAAUAGGAUGCCAGGUUUAUAUUGCACCUUCAACAUUUUGCUUUGAUGUGGCGUUAGGCAAAUUAUCUUCUUUGUAAUAAAAUUCUAGUAAAGGCUGAUCAUGCUUUGGAUGCUUGGAUGCUUUUUGCAGGCUUGGAUGCUUUUUGCUUAGUUAUAUCCGUGUAAUGGCAACCGCUUUGGUAAUAGAAAAUGCAACGACGACAUGAUUUUGAGUUUUUCGAGAAUCUAGGAAAGAAAGAUACAAGAUACAGUCAGAAUAGUUAGUCAGAUAUAGUUGAGUGCUGUUUUUUUUGAGAUUCUUUCAUACAUUUGUCUAAUAAUUGUUUAAAGUAUAGCUUCAUAGUUUCAAGAAUUUCAUGAAGUGCGAGGAAAGUUUUCUAAUAAUUGGUCUAAGGAACUGUCCAGGAAUCCUCAAAGUCAGAAGAUAGGUGUCCUACUUUUGGUGACUGCAAUCCGGAUCCGGAUGAAUGAAAAUGACGCGGAGACAUUUCUACAAAAAGUACCUGAAACAAUUAACUUUUUUUAGGAGCAACGGGUCAUGCCGGCCUAUACAGGCUUUCGAUACUUAUUAAGUACCACGCAUCCGGAUAGUCAAUAUUUUUUUAUAGCGACGGUCGAUACGAGGCUUGAACCCAGGAUGGGCAUGUUGUUAAGUCGGCCGAGUUGACGAUAGUACUGUAGUGAUGUUAAAACAAAAAUCUAAAAUAAUAGGAAAACAAUUGGACUAGACUG